AUGCAGUCCCGCCCGCCGACGCGCGACCGGCCCCCACAGUUCCACUUGACGCCAGCAACGCCGACCGCCACGCGGCUGCUCGACCUCGUCGCGCGCAUCCGCAAGAUUGACGACGAGGCGAUCGAGACGCGCCGCGAGAAGCGCUCGGCUUUGCGCCGCCCACAGGGGAGCAAUGCCGAAGAAGUCAAGGCUUGCGAGGGAUGCCGGCGCGCCAAGACCAAGUGCUUCAAUGUCGACGGCGCGGCGUGCACCCGCUGCCAGGUGGCCGGGAGGGUGUGUACCUACCCCGAGGCGAAGGUCCGGGGGAGGAAGGCCGACAGGACGAUCCAGUCCCUUCUCAACUGCAUGGAGGACGAGCUCGCCGCCCUCCUCGCACCCGACCCGCGCUCGCGACAACAGCCCAGCGGUACGAGCCGCGCCCAGCGCGCAGAGGACUCGGCGUCCCACUCGGCCCUGCACAACCCCCUCGGCGUGCUCGCGACGGCUGCGACGCAGCCGUCCGGGCUGCUCAUGCAUGGCGGCCAGUCGGGGCUGUACUGGAAUAACAUUUAUUCGGUCAAGCCGGAAGAGGACCUCGGACAGGAUCCCGUGCUGCAAGGCAUCUUGGAGGAAGAAGACCUCAACCGCCUCGUCGAGCUGUACUUUGCCAAGCUUGCGCCGACGUUUAUGCACCUCGACGACGGGGUCCAUUCGCCCAUCUUCCUGCGCAUGAACAGCCCGUUUUUGACAACGGCGAUCGCGGCCGUCGCGGCGAGUUUCGACCCGCUCUCGCUCCUCAUCGCGCCAGGGCUGCAGGCGCAUGCCCAUCGGCUCGCAAGUCUGGCCUUUGAGAACGGGUCCAAGAGUCUCGAGGUCGUGCAGGGGUUCCUCGCGCUCGUCCACUGGGCUGCGUGGCCCAGCCACGACUGGCUCGCAGACCGCAGCUGGGCGUAUCAGGGCCAAGCGAUGCGCCUCGCCUGCGAGAUCCGCCUCGACCUCCCACCAGACCCCAACCUCGCGCUCACGUACCGCCAUUCCCGGCCGCUGACCGACGACGAGGUCGCGAGGCUUAUGGCGUGUAGGAAGCGGACAUACUUGCUGGUGUGCCUCUCCGAGAUCGGACUUGCGACACAGUCAGGCCGCGCCGACACCACCUCUGGCCACCGCCUCAUCCACCCGCCUGACCUCGGGUUCCUUCGCCCCCAUGAUAGCAGAAACAUGACCUUCUCUGCCAGCGUCAAGCUCAACCACAUCUUCGGGCGCGCUCUCCACCGCUGGCACGGUAUGGACAAGGACGAUACGCCGGAUCUCGAGCGCGAGCUGUUUGUCCGCGACUGGCGCAGGGAUCUCGGCGAGUGGAAGACUAGCUGGAUGGGAACUAGCCGGCUCGUCGACGUUGCAGCAGUGUACAACCACAUCAUGCUGCUGCUGCUUUCGCUCCGCGUCCCGGGGUCACAUGCGUCAACGCAGGCGCUGCUCCGCGAGAUUUCCGAGCUGGCGGUUCAGCUGCUCGUCACUGUCCUCCGCUGGCGCGACGACGUGCCGUUUGACGAGUCAGGAGGACUAGCCUACGCGUCCAACUUUCUCAUCGUCCAGAUCGCGUAUGGCGCGGCACUGGUCCACAAGCUCGCGCGGCCGCUGGACUCGGACCGUGCCGCCGAAGUGUCUGCACGUGUGACUGACAUUGCGACGCUCCUCGACCAGAUUGCCGCGGCGAGGCUGCACACGGUUAGUUUUGCAGGCUAUUAUGCCGCACAGAUCCGCUCGCUGUGUGGGCUCGAGGCACCGCCACAGCCGUCGCACCACGUCAACAUCAACGUCCAGGGUGCGGCCGGCCCAGAUCCCUUCGACUUUAGCUUCAUGCUGGACCACGAACCGCACGCGUUUGACGCGACGGUGAUCAGUGACAGGAUACUGUCGUUGCUGGGCGUGGGCCUGGAGGAGCAGUGGGAGUGAGUGGGGUCAAGCGCUGGCGAAGCGGACCGCCAGGAACAAUUUCUGUUGUUGUAUAUUCGUACAUGCAGGC